UCUACAGAAUACCAUAUCGCAACAGACUCCAAUACUUCAACAUCCACACAAAAGGAGACUUGAACAGAAUUCCUCGCAUCACAUCUUCUUGGACUCCAGCAGCACGAGAGAGCAAUGGAAGGGGGCAGCCUCUGGCACGAGUACGAGACGGACCUCCGGGCCGCCGACGUGUGGGAGGUCUAUGGCAGCCUCGCUCUCGGGCAACUAGCCCCCCAGCUGCUCCCGCACGUCCUCUCAAAGGUCGAGCUUGUAGAGGGAGACGGCGGCGUCGGCACAGUCCUGCUCGUCACUUUCCCUCCUGCAGGAGCUUCCGAACCAAGAAGCCACAAGGAGAAGUUCAACGUAGUCGACCAUGAGAAGUACAUCAAGGAGGCAGAGACGGUGGAGGGAGGCUUUCUGGAUCUCGGCUUCCGGAAAUAUUUGGUGCGAUUCAAGGUCGUAGGAAAAGAAGAUGGCGCAUCCGUUAUAAGAUCCACGGUUGAGUAUGAAGUUGAUGCAGAGCAUGCCAAGAAUGUCUCCUUUGUCAGCACAGAAGCAAUGGCUUCUAUUGCUGAGGCCAUCACCAAGUACAUCAAGGAGCAGAAGAAGAGCCACGAGCAAGCCGCCGAGUAAAAUUCAGAAGAACAUGCAUGUAGCUGCAUAAGAGUAUGAAAGACGAAGUGUCCAACUGAAAUGACUGUGGCAGCCAAGUUCGAGCAAAUUCCCCUGUACCAUUUUGUUCUAUAUAUGCAGUGCUCAUGCCUUUGGAAUUAAUGUUUGUAUGUGUCACACCUGCAUCACCAGUGGUGGAUGCCGUGGACGUGUGAGGUGGGACCCGGCUGCCAGUUGGCAUUGGUCCACUUGUAAGCGCAACAUUGAGCGUGUGUGGCUGGGUUAUAAGGCCAGCGGUAGCCAGCAGGAUAGGCAGGCAUGAUUUGUAUCUAAACUGGAUCCCUCACCUACUCCUGUACUCUCAUCUUCCUUGGCAAGAAAGCUAUCUUCCCAA